AUGAGCCCCUCCUCCGACCAACCACAAGAAACAACCCUCCCUCCCAUAGAACCCAUCAACCCCUCCCUCGUAACUUUCACCAUCGCCACCCCGCAUCAACGUAUCCUCUCCUGGAGACUCAACGGCGCUUCCUGGGCCUCCCCUCUCACCCUAGACCAGUAUGUCGGCCGCGAACAGACCCUCUCCGAAACCGAGCUUUCCGCCAACGGCGGCACCCUCUACUACAUCUUACACCACCGUGAUGAUCCGGAGCUGAUUAUCUCCGCGUGCGAGGUGACAAGUAAAAGGCUUGUUAUCGCGGGUCCGGGGACGAAUGGAUCGAAGGUGGGAAAUGGGUAUGCCAUUGCGAGUGUGUUUACGAAUCCGAGGUUCCGGAACCAGGGGAUGGCGAGUUAUUUGUUGAAAAGGGUGCAGGAGGAGGUGGAUAAACGGGGGGAUGAGUGUGGGGUGUUGUAUAGUGAUAUUGGGAGGGUUUUCUAUACGCGGUUGGGGUGGAAAGAUUUCCGCACACCACAGUUAUUGGCUGGUAUUGAGGGCGACGCUACGGCGUUUCCUGUCCCUGAAGGGGUUGAACUGCUCAACGAAGAUCAGGUUCGCAAACUGUGCGAAGACGACGUCAAAGCCGUGGAGGAAGAGUUCUCCAGACUGGCGGCUGCCCCCGAUGGCAAGACACACAUCGUUUUCUUGCCAACCCCAGCUCAAUUCUCAUGGCACUUUGCUCGUGACGGAUACGUUUGUCCCAUUCUGCGUAACCGUGAGGUGCAGUGGCGCGGUGCGCGCACAGAGGAUGGGCUGGCUUGGAUCGCGUGGGACCAUGAUUUGCGCGAGAAAAAGCUCAAGAUUUUGCGGAUCGUGUCACGUCAUUCAGCUGAGGAGAAAAAGAAAGCGGUGAAAAGACUUUUGCUUGCUGCCAUGGCUGAGGCAAGGGAUUGGGAUGUGCCCAAGGUGCUGGUUUGGGAGCCGAGCGAGGAGGUGAGCGUUGCUGCGACGGAGAUUUGGAGGGAGCUUGGCCCGAAGGUAUCGCUUGUUUUCGAGGAGAGGGAGGACGGAUCGAUUCCGAGUCUGAGGUGGCAGAACGGAGAGAACAGGGAGGUUGUUUGGCAUCACAAUGAGUACUAUGGUUGGUGCUAA